CCAACCCAAUUUAAUUAGCACUCACUCUUCUCCCCUAAUAAUCAACAAAUCAAUCAAUCAAUCAAAACCGAUUCCUCUCCCCUCCCCUCUCUUCCCCUUCCCUUGUGGUGCGCCUCCUCUCCUCCAAUCCCUACCUCAACCGAAGAGGAAGAAAAAGAAUCGCCAUGGCGGCGGAAAAAGGAAGUCCGCUUCCGAAGUUUGGAGAAUGGGAUGUCAAUGAUCCCGCCUCAGCUGAGGGAUUCACCGUAAUCUUCAACAAAGCCAGAGAUGAGAAGAAGACUGGUGGCAACUCACAGGGACAAGAUGUGCCCACAAAACCUUCACAGCCAUCCGGGCAAGGGUUGUAUGCAGCAAAGGGGAACAGUUCUAAAUGGUUCUGCUGCUUGCAACCAACUGCAGCUGAAUCUCGAAGGUCAUGAGCUCAAGUGGAUUGUGGAACUGAACUAUGGCGACCUUGCUAAAUUCUGAAAAGAUUCCACAAUAUCCAUGGAAAUAUGUUUGUGAGAGUUUUUACAGUUAUGUGGUGAUUGGUGAAGAUGUUAUGGGGAAACAAGUAAUGCUACGGGUCUGGUGUGUACAUUCUUUACAACGUAUAUAUGUGGGUGAACAUUGGUGGUGUAUAUGUAAUGCAUAAAGUUGUGUUUGGUCAAUUGACUUGAUCUUGAAAGUUCCUUGUUCAGAAAGUGGAAAAGAAAGGCAAAAGCUACACCGAAGGGCCUUUCAAGUUGGAUGUGCAUGUGAUUCCUUGCAGUCUGUUGACCUCUGCUACUUUCCUCAACAGGUGGACUACGAGUUUUGCUUCCUGUGCACAUGUACAAUGUUAACUUGGGGGGUAGUUCUCUGAAUUCAUUGGUAAUCUAUUUGGCUAGCGCAAGAUUUCAACCUUGCAUGGUUUAUGUA